AUGGAUAGCGUUUAUAAUGGCGCCGCCGACGCUUCAAGGUUUUAUUCAAAAUUUCUUUGCAGUUUUUUUGAACUUUCUCUGCUGAAUAAGGUUUAAAUAUAAAUUAGGUGGUUUUUUUCUUUUUUUCCAAGUUUAAUAAUAAAAGCUAGUCUCAUUUCAGUUGUUUUCAAAAAAAUUCAUUACCCUCCGAAAAAAAGGAUUAUAGAGAAAAAAACUGAUCAAAAUUUAUUUUCAAAACUGUUUUUUCACUCGUUUUAUUAUAACGUUUGUAGCUCACAUCUUGACACACUUCCUUCGGAAGUAACCGAGUUAGCCGCCAAGUACAAUUACGUAUUAUCAGAAGACCGUAGUAUUCAAAAAGAGGUAUAUUCGAUAGGGAAGAAUUUGACCUUAUCAAUUGUUUCAGGUAAUCCUCUUAAAAAAGAUCAUCCGUGAGGCACUCAACAAGAAAUUGAAAAUAAAAGCUGGCUAUGCUCAAAUACAGGUUAGUUUUUAAACUUUGCUUUGAUUUUCUGUUGGGUUUUUUCUUCGAACCUGUGAAAAUCUAAGACACGCAAGGAAACAUCAAUGAAAAAAAAAAGAACAAAAAAGGGAAAAAAUAUUGAUAUCUGAGAAACAUAAAAGGUUUCUCAAUGAAUAUUUCGCGUUUUACGUUGUUAAUCCCACGAUUAAUUGUUUACAGAGACUGACGCAUGAUCGGCGGCAACAAGACUUUUUGAAAAAAGAGUUCCGGGAGCUCAGCGAACAGAUUUCGGAUAUGCAAGAUGAUCUUCAGACAUUAGAUGUCUAUGAUACCGGCGCAUUUGGUAAAUUCGCAGGACCAAAGUUUGAAAAACGAAAACACAACUGUUAGGAAUAACGUAGUUAUGUAGGUAGUUUGUGAAUGUAGUUCAGUUUUGUUAUUCUUGCUCCAACCACUUGAAAAUCACUUCACAGGAAAUUUACUAAGAGUAUUCUUUCGAGCCACUUGAAACUGGAACGACAUUUACAAAUCAAAUUAUGCCAGCAAAAAAUGAAAUACUUUUUUUCCCAGGAGAAUGAAAAACUGAAAAAAAGCGUACUUGUACCGAGGUAAUCAUUAUUAAAACUUAGGCGACGACGAUGUCACCGAUGAGAUGACGUCGAGUUUGAGGAACAAUCUGUCGGACAACGACACGGAGAACAACCCGCGGCUCGUUUCUCUGCAGGUCCUUAUAAAAUUCUUUGAAUUUAUUCAACAAUCCGUGUUUUCAGAAGGAUCUCGAAAAAGAGCAGAAAGUCAAAAAAGGGCUCGAAAACUACUUGCGUAACGCGACUGUCAAACAAACGUGUCGCAAUGAGUCGCAGAGUCUUUUGGAAGUAAGUGAAAAGUUUUGAACGGGGCGAAAAUGAAUGAUUACAGGAUAGCCGAGCUAAAAUCGCUAUGCUACGGAUGCAAAUUGAUAAAAUCAAUCAGGACCAUAAUGGUUCAGCAGGUAGAGGUUGAAAACAUUUUCAUAAAAAAAGUUAACAAAGUUGAAGUAACUUUUUAUCGAAAGAAAUUGUUCAGUUUUUCGAUUCGAGUCGCUGAAAAAAUGCUCAGAGUUCAAAAAAAAAUUACAGACAUCGAGAAAAAGUCAAAGACGGAAAUAGUCAUCGAGGAUCUUCUCUAUCGAUUCCACAAAGAGAUGGCAUUGAUGGACGGAGCUCGGAACAUGCUCAGAACUUUGAGAGCUCAAAAGAAAAACCGAUGCCAAGAGCUUGAACGAUGUAACUCUUUUUUUUCUCCAUUUUAUCAAAAAAGUUUAUUCGAAAAACAAAACAAAACUACAAUGUAGUUUCAAAAAAUUAGAGCUCUUGUGAAACUACAAAGUGAUUUGAACUUCAGUUAGAGUAAUUUGAAAACGGAACACAUAGCUUGAAAAAAAGUUGUACAUUUUUGAAACCACGAAAAUUAGUCUGCCAGAAAAAAAUCUGAGUGAGAUUUUGUUUGAAAGAAUUUGAAAACACAAUGAAACAUCGAGAUCCUUGCAGGCAUCGCAAAACUUUGUGCAAUCUGCGGAGAAAACGGACCUCAUUCACAUGUCUCUGCUUAAGUAUUGGUAAAUUAGCACGUUUGUUGAAUGAUUAAUGCUGUCAAUUGCAGCAACCAACUUCCUUUGGAUUGUGCGCGCCAGAAAGAACUGAUGGAGGAGAUCGGAGAGAGCAAAGUACCGUCGCCGCCGCAUAUGCGUCUGCAGGACCGCUUCACUCCGCCCAGUUCCGUCGUCGGCCAGGUUUAUCCCACUCGCUAAUCAAACUCUUGUGAAAAAUGGAUGGGAGAAAACGGGAAAAAGACGAUCAAAAAGUGAAAAAUUGCGCUCAGAUGUUUUAAUAUGUGGUUAGGCAAGAUGAAUUCCCACAUUUUGAAAUUCCGUUCAAAGAUGGACGAAUAUUUAAUAAAAGACUCCGGUGUAUUGAGAAGAGGACGCUUAAAGGUAUCUUUCAUGGAAAGUUUGGAACUUUAUAGAUUUUCUCAAUCCUCUCAAUUUUUCUGGACAGAUUAGCUCUUGAAUAGCUGCACUAUUUUUUUUUAAGUAGUGAGAAGCCUCAAAAACAUCUUUUUCGACUUCGCUUCAUUUUAAAUCUGCAAAGUUGUUCAAAUUUUCAAGUUCAAAAUUUGUUAGAGAUACUAAAACAUCAAAAAAAUAAAUAUAACAAGAUAGAAAUGUUUUUUUGUUGGAAAUGGAGUAUAUAUAUUUAUAUAUAUUUAGCUAAAAAAAUUGAAGUUUAAGCAACACGCCUUUUUUUAUAAUUCUCUACUGUGAAUUGAAAAAAAUAAAAAUCAGUUUGGAUGAUCGAUGGGAGUAUUUCAAACUCUCAAUGUUCAGUUUUGAAAACCCCUCUCCCAGUCUCAAGCAUAAAAUAGAAAUCAAAUUAAAAUUUUUUUAUCAAGUUUAAAACAAAUAUGAGGUUUGACAUUGAACAUGCAACUUUUUAUCACAACACUUUGUUUUUUGAGAAGUUCCAGAAAUACUUUCAAGAUCGAAAAAAAUUCCCACCAAAUUCCAUAAUUUAAUCAAACCACUUUUGAAGUAUCUUCUUUCUGAACAAAUUCACUUCCUCUUCGUCUUUUUUCAAUGUUUCGUUAAAAAAAAAACGGAAAACGGAAGUUGAGCUUUUCUAAUCUCUGCAAAUUAUCAACGGAAAAAAGGGACUGAUAAGACGCUCAAAUGCAAAAAAAUUUCGCAUUUUUCGAAAAUCCUACUGAGAUUGAAGAAGAAAUGAUUUUGCGAAGCUGAAGGUGAUGAAAGAAUAACCGACAGAAGAAGUCGAAACGUAGGGAUGGGUCAUGCGGAAGCGAAUAUUUUCUAAAAACUCUUCUGACGCAUCGGAAAAAUGUGAGACGCAUCUGAGCAUGUACAUAAUCGUCUCCUAGGUUUCAAAUUUACGCUUAGAUUCAAGCCCUCACGCGCGGAGGAAGUGACGAGGAUUGGAACAAAGAAAAGCCAUUUUGAAUUUCGAUCGUAAAAUCCAGAACGAAAAUUUACUAAUUUUGUAAAGCGUUGUCUUGGUUUCGAAAAUGAAAAACUUGUCUUACUGUAAUUCUUUGUCAACAACAAAAGUAGGAAUUCCAAAUGACUUCCGAAAUGGAGAAAGUCUAAUUUUGUUCAUAUAAAUAAAGCAGAUUUGCCGAGCGUUCUUUCCGGGUCGACCCGUCGUUUGGAGUAGUCAUUUCAAAGCGAACCAGGUCGCCCUGGGGCGACCCAUCUCAUUGGCACUUCCUACAUUAAAGCUUAAUUUUUUUAUGAACAAAUCAGAAAUAACUCAGGGGAAGUGCUUAUAAAAAAAAUUGAAGAAAAAAAGGGAGGGACUUUUUUUCGAAUUUUUCGAAAAAAAGUAAUCUCGAAAGCCUUAUCUAAAUGAAACAUCUCCGAGAUUUCAGCUCGAUACUUGAAAACGAAACUUUAAAUAGAUUCUCAAGAAAAAAUAGGUUUUAUCAAGACUAACUAUUGAAUGGUAGUAGUUGCUUACAUGGCGUCAUAAACCUUAUUAUGAAUGGAAGCUUUAUCCGCAGAAUAAUCUUUGCUGGAAGUUUUUUUCCAAUCUGACGAGUCCAAAAAGAUCAGUUUUGAAAAUAAGCGCAUCUUAUUUUCAGGACUACGUGAACACUGGCAGUUUACCGCGGAACAUCUACGGGCGAAGACACAGCAUCAUGCCCCCGACCCUUGCCAUCAGCGGGAAGCUCGAAGUCUGUAGUAAAAAUACUCUCAAAUUGAAACUUUUCCUGGAGCCAAACGGUCUAUUUUGGAGAACUUGGAAACUAUAUUUUUGGCAAACUACAGAUAUAAAAUAUGAACAACUAAAAUUUGUGAACUUUCAGUAGCAAAAAAAUAGAGAAGGAGAUUUCAAUAUUCUUGAAGUUUGUACAAUUUCAAGUUUAAGAGUACUAUACCGAAAAUAAAUCAUACUAAAAAAAUUGCGGAGGAAAAGAUCACGGUCUUUAUUUUUGAGCCGCUACCGCUUAGUUUCCUGUUCGAACAAGCGAGGGAAGUCUUAAAGCAAAAUUCGAAAAUAAAUCAACUUUUCUCUAAGGAUCUUCAAAAAAAAAACUAUCGCAAUCUAAUAAAGAUAUGACUAGCUCGAAACGUCAACGUUACUCUCAUUUGCAUCCACUUUUUCAUUAUUUUUAGCUUUCAACUAUUUUGCAACACCUCAAUUUUUUGCCUGAUGAUGUGUCAUCGCUCAAAAAGUUUCCUUAGUGGUAUCAAUUUGCUGAGACCCUCACUUUGCCGCUUGGAAAGGUUUCAUAAAAACAGAAUUAGUCAUCUGCAUAUCGUCUUGCAUGAUCAGUUUCCAUGUAGGUUCGUGUGAUUGGCUGUGUGGCAGUUGUGAAUGAAGUGGCAAAUCGCGCACACCGUACCGAAGCCCUGGGAGUUUCCGCGUCGAGCGGCCUCUCUUUUCCGGACUCUUCCAACAGCAACUCGAGCUCCAGAUCCAAGAGUCGUGGUCCUGUUCGCACUAUCAGCGGGUUUGUUGCACAAAUAUCUCAGGAAUGUAAAACGAGGCCGGAGUUUCAAAAACGACAGUCUGUAGGGAAAAUGACGCGAUUCCAUAAGAUGCAAAUUUUUUUCGGUUUGAUCAUUCUUUGCGUCUGCAUACAUGGCGCUUUUUAGGAUAACGCAUACUGAAAAGCGCAAACUUUUGAAAAACGGCUUUGUUGUACAUUUUAUUUAUUUUGUUUCAAAGUUUGAAAUUAAAUCAAAAAUAGUGGACUACAAAGAGAAUCCCCUCAAAAACAGUUUUUUUGCCGUUUGGAAAGUUAUUGGCUACCCUAGACGCAAACAUUAAAAUUUUUUUGAUUCUUUUGAGAUGGGAAAAACGCAAAUUUGAAAAUUAAAAAAAAUUUCGAUCAGAUCUUUGAAAGCUCCCAACUCGACAUUGCAAGUUUCACGUCGUCUUUUUUUUUUGAGUUCCGUCUCGGUAGUAGCACUUUUUAUAAAUUUUGUUUCAGAAUACCUUUUUAUUAUUUUUGUAAUGCUCAAUAUUGUGAGUGGAAUGCAAUUAUAGAAACUUUUCAGCAUUUUCGCUUUGCGAAAAAACCUUUUGACUGUGAACAUAGUACUUUUCCAGUUCCGGUGAUGAAGUUUUUGUUGUCUUGCGAGUCGACAGCAAAAUUGUCGCUCAGACCGACGCUCGACCUCUCGGACACAAUCUCUGGGAUCACAGAUUCGACUUGGAACUUGAUCGAGUAGAUUAAAAUUUUUAAGGUUUUGCUAUAAAAAAUGAACUUUCAGUCGAAGGAGCUGGAGUUUGAAGUAUUCUACAGAGACGAGCGGUCGAUGUGUGCUUUCGCAAUCGUGAAGCUGAGCAACUUGGUCGAGAACCCGUCGAAAGUUGGAAUGCUGGUGCAACUCGAGCCUCAAGGACAGCUUUUUGUGCAGGUUUCCCUAUCUUCAAUUUCUCUUUCAGAUCUGAAGUUGAACGGGUCAAAGUAAAUCAAAUUUUUUAAAGAGGAAAAUAGUUGAAUCGCCGAGAAUCGAAAAGCCGUGGCAGUCAAAGAAAGUUCUCUGCAGUAUUUUCCAAGCUUUUACUAGAGUUUCAAAAAAGCCAACUUUACGUGGCUCAUCAAACAAUGCGUUAGUUUAGAGUAAUUAACUGAACGGGAUUAGUGAAUAAUUCUUUUUUGCUGCAUUCGUUCUUGUACUAGAAAAGUUGGCAACAAAACGCCGAAAAUUGAAAAGUUGCUAUUAUUUCUAACGAACAUGCAAGUCAAGGUAGACCCCAGCUCGGACCUUAGUAAGGCAAACUGGACAAGCCCCGGACGUUUUUUAACAUUUCAGGUGACCUUUUUAGUAGUUUUAGCAUUUUUGAGUGAUUCCUAGAACUGCUUAGAAACGUCCGGAGCGCGCCCGUAUUUCGUUACCGAGGUCGAAAGGUUUCUUCUACAAAAAAAAACAACGAACGCGUGUUUAGAAAAAAAAAAAUUGGAUACCUUAAUAUUGGAACAAUUCAGUUCCACUACCUGAAUCCAGUGGUCAGCCGCAAGCCUAAACUCGAGCGGCAGAAGCGUCUUUUCCGUGUUCGAGGUUGAACUGAGUGAAACGGACACCGGAUUUCUAUUUUUUCAAUUUUAGAAGGCGCCGAUAACGAAGGCGUCAAAAAGCAAUUGGGAGUCUUUGCCUUCUCACGUCUUCUUAGAAGUCGUGGUAAUGAACCCAUUGUCGACUUUGGUAAAGGUGAGUCAGAAAAAAAGCUUUCAUGCAUCCGAUUGAACUCUCAGGUAGAAGCUCUGCCUCUCAAUCGCAAGAACUGGGUUACGAACGCAACCGGCCAUUCAGACAAUCCAUUCACGCUGUCAGUCUUUCAUUGAUCUCUUCUUUUGAAAAAAAGAGCUUUAAAGAACUUUAAUUAUUUCAGGCGUUCGGUGCCAAACGUGCUGCCAACAGCAAGAAUGUCCCUAUUCCCAGUGGCCGCGAGGAUAAAGAUAAGGUAUAACACUCUUCCCACAAUCUUAGGACAAAUAAGACAAGUUUAUGCCGACGGAAGUGUAAACGACAGGCACAUACUGUGGUCUAAAAGUAGUUAUAAAAAUGGUUGGUGAAAAGCAGUAAUGAAAAAAAAACCCUUUUUUCCCUUCAAGCGAAAAAAAGGCUCACGAGUGAUUUUUAACUCAAUGCUUUGAUUGAUGUUCAGAAAAAAAGAAAAACGAACAGGAAGAUUAACUAUUAGUUAAUUAAAAAUGACUUCAAUAUGAUAAUGAGCGGGAAUUAUUCAAAGCAAAGUUUUCCAAAUGUCGUUAGAGUUUUUUUCUGUGAACGUCAAAUUUCUAGCUUUUCUCAUAGGAAAUUCAAAAUUUGGUUUAUUUGGGAAAUCACUUUCCCAGAGAAUGACGAAUUAGAAGCAAAGAUCACUUUGUACAAAAGCAAUGAUUCAUGGAUAAUCGAUUCUGAAAUAAACAAAACUUCUGCUCGAAACAAGGCAUUUCAUAUCCGAGCUCCCAGUUAUUCCAUCUGUCGCCUUUCUAAGAGGAAAUUUCGCCAAUUUCUGACUGCCUUUUUGAUUUUUAUAUUUGCAUAAGUGUUUUAACGACGGUUAUUGCAGCGCUCUCGCAUCAUUUUUCCUUUGAAAGAUUUUGUUUUUUGCUCUUUUUCAUCAAGAUAAAAGUACAGUGGGACGAUAAAAUUAUUCUCGCUGUACUUUGUAAAAAACCCAAAAAAAUUUGUAGUCAUAGUGAGACUUCAUUUUUCGAUUUCCUGUGAGUCUUGAAAAAAAAGAGUAUUUCCUCUUUUUUUUUAAACUACUUAUCACUGAAAUUUAUUUUUUUAGCGCUGAGUGCUUUUAAUAAAUAUAAAUGCGUAUGCAAAUACUGAAGCUUUUUGCUGGUUUUUUCCUGAUUUUUUUCUUUAUACUUGUAAAGUACUGCUUUCAAAAAAAUCUCAUAAAUGCAACUAGAUGAACAUUUUUUUCUAAGGAAUAGAACACAAGAACGCCUGGAAAAACUGUAAAACUAAUGUUUUUGUAUAAUCAAUAAUCGAAUUAUAACAAAUGUCGGUCAAAACAAGUCAGUUCAAAUGCCGAACUCCGCCUCAUUUCAUCAUAAAAAAUGUCGUUCUUUUCAAAAAGAGUAGAAAGCCGGCCAACUUUCUUAGAAUUGUUUGUCACUUUAAUGUUUGUCUAAGGCCUUGAGCACUAAUUCACAGCUGUUUUUCGGAGUAACCUGAGCAAGUUCAAGAAGUAUUUAUUUAGUCAAACUCGAAAAUAAUCUGUGAAGCACCUGCUAAAGUAUCCCACUUAGAGUUUGUCUCAAUGAUGGGUGUCUAAUUGAACACCACGUAAUUUAUUACUUAAUUUUAAAAAAGCACUGAAUCAUAUUGUAAUUUGCUUGUCUCCUCCUACUCAUAUUCGUGGUAGGAAGUUUCAUGAGCUCCGUCAUUUAAGACUUCAACUCUUUCCCAGAUUCUGUGCUCCGAUUCAAAUGGGUAAUUUCUUGUGCUGCCUCCCUGAUGAAGUGGAAUUUGUAAAUAUUCUAUUUGAAACUUGUAAUAGGGAGUUUCUUUCAGAAGAGAAUGGACGAGGAUUUGUCCGUUGAGGCUGUGGCUGUGCAGCCACCACGAGCUCAGCCAGCUCCUCCUGUCACAACUUCCGCCUUCUCCUUCGAGGAUUUCCGGCUUAUCAGCGUUCUCGGCCGUGGUCACUUCGGAAAGGUGCUUGAUGAGUUCCUGGAGUUGUUUUUGACUAUUUUUUCCUUGCAUCAUUUUUUUUUUGAACGAGCGAAGUUGGACGUUUCUUAUGAAUUUCAACAUUGAACUUUAAAAAAAAAUUUUUUUCAGGUGAUCCUUUCGCAACACGGUCCCACAAAGACCUAUUACGCUCUGAAAGCUUUGAAAAAAGGUGACAUCCUGGGUCGUGACGAAGUUGAAUCUCUUUUGGUCGAAAAACGAAUCUUCGAGGUUCAUCUUACUUCCCAGACUUGUUCUGAUUCCUCCAUUCCAGGUCGCUUCUCGAGCCCAACAUCCAUUUUUGGUGAACCUUCACGGAUGCUUCCAGUCUCCGGAGCACGUCUUCUUCUGUAUGGAAUACAGCAUGGGCGGUGAUCUGAUGCGCCACAUUCACGACGACGUCUUCGGCGAAGACCGUGGCUGCUUCUACGCUGCUUGCGUUGUUCUGGGACUCGAGUUCCUCCACAAGAACAACAUCAUCUAUCGGUAAAAUAAAACAAGACCUUAUCAAGGUGAAAGAGCGGUUUAAGAGAUAUCAAGCUUGAUAAUCUCUUGCUCGACAAGGAUGGAUAUGUCAAAAUGGCGGACUUUGGAUUGUGCAAAGAAGGAAUGGGCCCAACUGAUAAGACUACCACUUUCUGCGGCACUCCUGAAUUUUUGGCCCGUACGUUUCUGUUUCUGUUUUGUUCUCAAAUCGGAAUUCCAGCCGAGGUCUUGGCCGACUCUUCCUACACUCGGGCCAUUGAUUGGUGGGGUCUAGGAGUGCUGGUCUUCGAGAUGUUAGUCGGAGAGCCUCCUUUCAAUGGCGACGAUGAAGAGGAGAUUUUCGACAGCAUCAUCAGCGAGGAAGUGCGGUACCCACGGUACCUAUCUGUCGAGAGCAUCAGCAUCAUGCGUCGAGUACGUCACAGAAAAUAUAUUCUCAUCAGAAAGUCCUGAUUAAGCUUCUUCGUAAAAAUCCUGAAAAACGUCUCGGCUCUGGAGAACGUGACGCCGAAGACGUCAAAUGCCAGCGUUUCUUCCGCGUACGCCUCUCUUUGACUCAUUUUCACUUUUUAAUUAAUAAACUGAGAUGUGACUAAUAUAAUUAUGAUGCGUUCAGCACAUCAACUGGGAAUGGGAAAAGCUUCUCUCGCGCGAGAUCCGUCCUCCUUUCAAGCCGGACAUCGUGAGUUAUCAACAAAUCGAUUGAUUUAAAAAGUUAAUCAUGUCCUUUCAGAGAAACCCUGAAGACGUUUCGAACUUCGACGACGAGUUCACUUCUGAACGUGCUCGCGUCUCGUCUGCAAAAAAUAAUCACGUCAUCACCGAGGCCGAUCAGCGCCUUUUUGCAAACUUUGAUUUUUCCGGGUUUUAAAAACCCAAAUCUUGUCAAAUUUCCUGUUUUAUGUGUAAAUAAUAGGUACAUUAGAAACUUCCUCAAUCCGCAACCAGUUUUUGGCGGGAUCUAAUUCGUGUAUUCUUGUGUUUUUAUUUUGUGAUCAAGUGCAAUAUUCAAUCAAAAUCCCUGUAUCUUUUAAACUUCUUUGGUGUAACCGUGUCUGAAAAUGUAUUGAAAAGUGUAACUUUUUUUUCCGAAUUUCCUGUUUAUUAACCUUCUACGCAAUACGCCUACUCAAAGAUUAUGAUUUUGCUCAUGAGCGCCCCAUGCGUUUUUUUCCGCGCAGCUCUAAAGCUGGCCGCUUUACAACUUAUUUGGGUAUUUUGUAAAUUUCAAAUGUCCUAAUUUUUUUUUCAAAACGAUGAACGCGGUUUUCCUAUAAGUACUCUACACAUUGAGAAUCGUGCAUUACUUUAUUGUCUAACAUUUAUUGGUUUUGAUUCCCAGAGCCCCAUUUUUUAGAACUUUCAUUUUGUUACUAAGGGUAUUCUCAUGCCUUGUGACUCAUGAAACAUCGCUGUUGUCGUAUAAACUUUCUCUAAGAUUCCCGUUAACAUGCAAAGUACAAACUAAAUUCGGAUACUCGUUUAUAAACAACAUUUUCUGGCGAUGAGCAGAAAUAGAUGCGAUUAUAUGAAGUUAAUUAGGUUUUAUUCUUUGUCAGGGAAAAAAAAACGAGGAUCUCAAAUUCUCAUAAGCAACGUGAUAUGAGUCAACGGAGUAAAUUGGCAUCAUGGCGAAAGUUAGCAUCGUUUUACGCUUCUCCUCAAUGUACCUUUUUCUGAGCUCUCAACAUCCGACUUACAGUGUUUGCUAUAAUUGGACGUGGCAAGUUCCGGUUUCUAAAAAUACUAAAAAUCCGCACUUGAAGAGUCUCUAAAUGAAUAUUCUGAAGGAGUAAAAAGAGAUACCGUGUCAUCUGAAGGAAACUGUUUCUUUUUUCCAAAAUUCGGAAGUCUUUCAAAACUUCAGAAACUAUUUUGAUUUGCAUUGACUUCUGUCAACAGUAAUCCUCUCAAUCCCUAGGUAGACAGAAGGCUUCAAUAUUUCAGAUGAACUGACUUUUCUAUUUUCUGAGCCGACGGUAACCUUAGCGACGUAGCUGCUCUUAUUAGCGCGUUUCCAGAAAAAUAAUAAACAGAAGGACAUCAAAACUUUCGAAAUUUUAAAGCUCAUAAUCUUUUUCAACUCAUUCCGAAUUCACUACUAGAAGAUGUAUCAAUUUUUUUCUUUUCUUAUAUUCUAUGAUAUUCUGAAGAAUCGGCAAAAAAACUUUUAAAUCAACUCGACUUAGUGAGCCUGUUUUCAUUAUCUGAUGAAUUUUAUAUUCGCGUUCCAAAAGAAAGCUCAGACGGAUUGCGCUACAAUUUAUUCGAAGUUCUCCAAUCUCAAAGAAAACAUUUGCUUUUCUUUUAAUUUUGCCAAUCCAGUAAAGGAAAAACAGAAAUUCUUGCUAAUUCGUGCAACUUUCAAGCUUCCUAUUUGCUUUCUCAGUUUUUAUCGAAUAUCUUUCUAGAUUUUAGAAGGAAGUCAAAUCCGUGAUAAAUGCCACCUCGUUGAUAUAGGAAAAGUUUUUCGAAUUUUCUCACAUUUUUUCUUUCCAACCACCAGGUUUGAAAAAUGAGUGUUAGUAGCGUGAUCGUGAGAACUGAACUUUGCAGGUUUCAUCGCCCAUUAUUCAUGCGAAAAGACGCUGACCUUGUGCUCCCAUAAAAGUCGUUAAACUCUUUCCCACUCAUUUGGCUCAAAGAAACGGAAACUUUCAAAUUUUAAAUUGCUGUUUUUCCUGGAAAAAAGUGACUACGUUUUCUAGUUUUGAGCCAACCACAUCUUAGUAUCUCUAAUUUCUGAUCGUCCUGUGUUUUUUAAUCAUAAAACAAGUGAGACAAUGGAAAUCAUAAAUAUUUGUAGUUUCACAAUUCAUAAGAGUGUUACUGAGCAGAAAUCCAUCGUCUCGUCAGUUUUUUUGUUUCCCAUUAUUUUGCUUUUUUUGCUCAUUUUUUCUGACGUAUUUUGUUUUGAUGGCCUAUUUUGAGAGAACAAAAUUAAUGAUUACGACCGAAUUGAAAAAUUUCAUGAGUUAUAGUUCUUUUUAAGUUCUGAAAAAAAUUGCUUUCAAAAACCAUUGAAGCAAGAAGAAGAAGCCUUCUCAUGACUAAUUCUUCUUAAAAAAUCGGUUAUUCAUUUUCUUCCCAGUAGAAGGAAGAUUUUACGGUUUUUCUAAGAUUCUUUCAGUCAUUUUUUGAAAAGAACUUUGAGAUUAAAAGCCUGCAUAAUAGUUCAAACACUUGAAUUUAUCUCAAGAUUAUCCUUUCUGGGAGGACUCAGGUUAGUCAUGUUUUCCUCCAUUUUUAUGUGUAGACAAGAGUUCUUCUAAGAUUCAGACUUCCUCUUUCUGAUCUUUAUGAUCUUGACUUGGAAGAAAAAUGAUCAGUAUCUCAAAAUACGCUUUUCCCCAUUUUGGCAAGCUUUUUUCUAAACGGAUAAAAAUGAGGAAAAUCGGGUCGAGGCUGUGUCUUCUUCGCAAUAGGUGUGCAAUUACAGCGCCUGAUCGAGUAAUGAGCCCACUGAAAGAGCCUCGGACACUCCCUCGGAGACUUUUUUGUCUAGUCAUUUUCAUCUCCCUCAAUAUUCGAUUUGAGCGGAUGCUUUCCAGUUUCGUACAUAUUCCAGCAUACCACCUUUUUGCAUACGGUAAAUGCAUUAUUUACCAAGUUUUCUCAUGAAAAAUUACUGUGCUAUACACAACUUUUGAACUUUCCCACUCUCUCAAAUUUUUCGGGAUAUUACAAAAACUCUGAGAAAAUGAUAACAUUUUCUAACUUCCAUCAGUUAUUAUAACUUUUUCAGUUUAUUUAUUUUACUGUAUUUGCUUUAUCUUAACUUCUUUAUUGCCUUGAAGUUUCUCAGAAUGAGUCACCAAUGAAGUUUUUGUUAGUUUUCUUACCGACGAUUUUUCUGAAAACGUUCCUUUUGCGACUUCCAUUUGUGGUGCAGUGAAGCGAUGCAGCACAAAAGUAUUGCUCCCUUAUACACAAUUUUUGUUUUUGCCGAAUCUUGCUCUCGUCACGUUCGUAUGAUGAGAGAAACCAACAAAAUCUAUUAAAAGUUUCAUCUAGUUUUAAUUUGUGCUUUUCCACUCAGAAGCCUUUUACAGAGAAUUGGGCGAAGUUAUUCCAAUUAAUAUAUGUUUGAUUUUUCGAAAUCCCCUGACUAAAGACGAAAAGAUUAUUUGAUAAAAAACUGAAACGCUACUGCAAAACUUGUCAGAAAUAGUGAUGAAAGCGUAAACAUUGUUAUUUUUGACGCGCUAAUUAGUGUCCUACGCCGUUUCAGACGCUCUACUACCGUACCUUCAUUAAUCGCCUGCUCUCAUACGCAAACCAAUCACUUCAACGUUUUUCUCUCAAGAGAAUAGGUCGUCUCUCAGCCAAGUUGAGAGAGAAUUUUCAAGUUUUUAUUUUUUUUAUUUCGUCUAGUGAUAUUUUUUUUGAUCAUUAUCAGUGAAUCUCAUUUAUUCUCCUGCAAAGUGUUGAAAAUUUUGGAAACUCUAAAUGUUUCCAAUAAACCAAUUUUCUUCGUUCAAUCUAUCUUUUUUUGUCUAAAAGCGAAAAUUACCACAAACACCAAGCCUACAUGACUAAACUGCGCUCAUUAAAGACUAAUCCGCCACCGAUCUUUAGAUUAUUCAAGCCUUAUGUUUCGGCGAAAAAAAAAAUUCCACAAGUAUAUAAUCCGUUUGUCGCCACAAGUAUUCCUCCCCCAGUUUGUGCCGAGUCUUUUCUCGUUAAGAUUGACUGAAAGAAAAAGUUCCACUUUUGAAUUCAAGACAGCUGGGUACUCUGAUGGAGGAAGAGUCGACGAGCUACGCGAACGACUCGGGAAGUCUGGCCGACAUUCCGGCAGACUGGUGCUUCAACAUGGAAGUCUGGCUGCAGCACUUCGCUCCACCUAACAUCAGCUUGACCAUGACCGCCAAAUACUCCUAUUACAAACUUUUCAGGUUUUCUUUUCACUAUCAAAUGUCUUGAGGCAUCUUCAGCUUCUGUGUUUUGUUAAUCAAAUCCGGCUUAGUUUUGAUCUCGGGGAUUUUUCGCCCUGUAGAGUUUAUUUACUUGGGGAAGAAAAGCAUAACAGCUAUGAAUCUGCAUCAGAUGGGGCACUGCUAGUCCGUCACCAUCUAAUGUAAAGAAAAUGCUAAAAUUUGUAUCAUACCAACAAAACAGACAGAUUUAAUAUUUUCAUUUGCAGCUUUCGUUACAAUGGCGUCUUGACUCUGAUUUUGGUAAUCCUGGGACUGAUUGGAAGCUCUUUACUAUUACGACAGGUUCGUUUAGUUAGCUGGGAAAGUCAUUGAAAUUUCGAAAGUGCGUACUUAUCCGUUCACGGCGGGAAAAAGUUUUAAUAAUAUCUCAGAUAUUUCUCUUUAUGUAGCGAAACAUUUCUUUAAUAUAUAUUGGCGAGAAAAGUAGCAUAGAAGAGAUUUUUCAGAUCUACUGCUCCAGAAUCUUCUCGAAGCGGCUGGCCGUUCAUCUUGGAGUGAUCUGUUUUUGGGACAUUCUCUACCUACUUUGUUGCCUCUGUGAGUCAAUUACCGGACUUUUCCCAAUUAUUUCUCGAUAUUUUGCAGCCACCUAUUGCAUCCCGGCGUUGGUUUUGGAUACCCCGCUCAUAUAUGGCUGGUUUUCAUAUGUCUUAUUUUUCUUGCAACCUUUUGCCUCUUUGUGCGUUUCUUGCACGAUUUGGCAAGUAUUUGCCAUCACACUUGAAAGGUGACCAUUGGGAGUUUCAGUAUAGGCUAAUGAGUUGAAAAUACAGAUACCUUGCCGUUUCCUCUCCGCUGGAGCAAAGAACUCGCAAGGCAAAGUUUGGAGUUGGAUGGAUUUGUUUCGGGAUUACUGUUGGGGCUUGCAUUAUAAACUUGCUGCCAGUUCCUUUUGAAUAUCAACUGGUUCGAGAAAGUUCUGAAAAAUAUCCAGUUUCCGAAUUCAGGUCGAUUGCUAUGAAGUUUCGGUUGUAGAUAACAAGGCAAACUUCAGUUUUCACACUAUGUUGAAACCGUACAACGAUAACAGGACUAGGAUAUACAAAUUUGGUAAAAAGAACUUAUCGAAAUGUAUCGCAUCAUUUGCUUUUAGUUGUUCACUUCUUCCCUGAUUUUUUGUUCCGUGCCCCGCUUCCAAUUGUCAUCAUCGGAACUUUGACAGUGAAGACGAUCCAAACCUGUAGCCAAAGAACUGUUGGGAACUUUCAAAUCGGCAUGAGGUUCAGUCGAAACAUGCCGCUCCGUCUUUCUGUAAGUCGAACUUAUGAAUCAAAGACCUCGGAUGAAUAAUUAAUAAAAACCUGUUUUUCCGCUCAUUUCCCUCAAAGUGCUCUUCAAUUAGUGAGAUUCAUAGUAAACUUGUCGAGGUUUCUAGGAAUUAGUUGAUUAAGUAGUUCUACAAAAACGAUGAGAACCAAGGCAAAUUAAACUUGAGGUUAUGUCAGACGUAAAUUGAAGCUGCAAGCAAACUUAUGAUUCAAAAAAAUUGGAACUAAUUUUAAGAAAAUAAAGAAUCAAAAAGCAGAUAUGAAAAAUUCUCCCGAACGUUUUCUGAAGUUUUUCCAAAUACUUAUCCAUUCCAGCUUCUCAAUUUCAAAUUCAUCCUCUGCAACACUCUCUACAUGUUCAAUACCAUCCUUCUCGAGCUUCUCGGAUACGGAGAUAUGGAGUAUGAUCCCAUUUCUGAAUGUUUUUGAAAUGAGAGUUGUUCAGAACCGGAGACUGGAAUGGCUACAUUAACUCUUUCUAUCUAACUGACGCGUCGAACAUGUUGCUCGUCGUGCACAGUGCCACCAACUGGCUAUUGUUCUACAAUUUCCCAACUUUGAAAAGAGUAAGAAACUCCACAGAUGAUUCAUAAAUUUCUGCUCCAGCGCAAGGAACCCACGAGUCUGACGCUAACGAACUCGAUUAAGCAGAACUCGGUGAAAACUCGAGUGGCCGAGCACAUCUACAAACAAAUCGCACCGGUGCAAGUCUUCAUUGGAGCGGAUAUCAUGCACAAAGUAUAAUAUUUUGAAAAUUAAAGAGUCUCAUUUUAGUUACGCUGUUAAGGUAAAAAAUGUCACUCCACGUAAUUUUCUCAUUGUCUUAUAUCACUUUUCUCUCAGCUCUGCAACGAAAUCCCCGAAGUUCAUGCAAUCGUGUUUGAUGGGGAGGAAACUGAAGACGAGAAGCAAGAAAUAUUGGCUGAACAUGGGAUCAAAGUCGGAGAGUUCGUUCAUCACGUUUUCAGAUGGUGACAGCUUUAGAUUACGCGCUUUUCUAAUAACUUCAACGUUUUCAGGUUUGGCGAAAUGUCGCGAAGAAACACGAAGCGUUUGGUGUGCAAAUCAUUGAUGAACUCAGAGCUCCGCAACAAAUAUCAGUUCAAGCCCCAUCAGUGGAAACAAAUUCGAACUGCCGUCGUUCAUGUCAUUGUUAAGCACGUCACCAAGUCUGAUUUGUACUCAAAGACUCUUUUCAACUUCAAACACAGAGACGCACAUGGCAAGAUCGGACUUUUCAACGCCGAUGAAAUAGAAGACUGCGCGACAAGGAUUUUCAACCACGUCCUCAGCGAAAUGCGAAGCGGCGUCCUUUGCGCCAACGUCGAGCAACGGCAGAAGGUGCAAGUUUCCUCGAAAACGUGAAACUAGAGAUUUCUUCAUUCACUGAUGACUACUCCACAUAAUAGAAAACGAUAGAAAAGAACCGAAUCUUUCUUUGUGAAGAUAGUUCUUCGCUCUUUUCGCACUUUCAAGACCGAAUGUAUGUAGCCUAUUUCACUGAAUUUCGUCGUAACUUAUUUUCGGGAUGCAAAGAAACCGAAAGUUGACCAAAAACGUUAAUUGGGAUAAUUUUAACUUUUUCGAAGCCUUUCAACAUAGUUAGCAUGAUGAGAAGAAGCCACAAUUUCUUAAUCCACUAAUAUGAUAAUCGUUAAUUUAUCCUGACAAUGCAUGAGAUUAGUUGCAUUGUGCUCAUAGAGAUUGAGAUUAUAAAUAAUUCUGAUCCAGAGAUUUUCAACACUUCAGUUUGAUGAAUAGUUGUUCAAUGACUUAAGUUUUAAAUAUAUAAAGACUCUGAACAAAAAAAGUAUUUGAGAUUGAACUUUUUAGAAUGUCUUCAUUAGCAAAAAGAAGUGUUUUUUUAGCUAUCACGAGUGGAGAGAAGCGACUAUGUGAGGUCCAUGUCGACCGGAGUGAUGUCAGUCUCUCGGGAGCCUCCGCGCAAGUCUCAGUCCGUCUCCAUUCGAUUCCAGUACUCUGCUUCCAUUGAUAACGUCAAAAAUGAGCAAGCACUCAUUGAAAAUGUUCAAUAA